AUGCUGGCACGUACUGUCUCGCGCAGUGUGCCCUUUCGGGCCAUCGCACGCCAGACCUUGAGCAAGACCUCCUCGCGUGCGUCCUCCUCGACCGCCGGUGCCGAAUCCGCCAGCUCCCCCUUCCACCUCACACUCACUGCUUCCGUCGCAACUGCUGCCGCCAUUGGAUCGGCCGCCUGGUACUAUCACCUCUAUGGACAGGAAGCGUUUGCUUCGACACCUGCUGAAGAGGGAUUGCACCCUACUGCCUACCCUUGGGAGCACGCCAAGUGGACCAAGACCUUCGAUCAUGCUGCCCUCCGCCGUGGUUUCCAGGUCUACCGUGAAGUCUGUGCCAGCUGCCACUCUCUGACCCGUGUCCCCUGGCGUUCCUUCGUCGGUGUCACGCACACCGUCGACGAGAUGAAGGCUUUCGCUGAAGAGAACGAGUACGACACCGAGCCUAAUGACCAAGGCGAGAUCGAGAAGCGCCCCGGAAAGCUGUCGGACUAUAUCCCUGCCCCUUACAAGAACGAAGAGGCUGCCCGUGCCGCCAAUGCCGGUGCUUAUCCCCCUGAUCUCAGCUUGAUCGUCAAGGGCCGUCAUGGCGGCUGCGACUACAUCUUCAGUCUUCUGACUGGUUACCCCGAUGAGCCCCCUGCUGGUGCCACCGUCCAGGAGGGCAUGAACUUCAACCCCUACUUCCCUGGAACAGCCAUUGCCAUGGCUCGUGUCCUCUUCGACGGUGUCGUUGAGUACGAGGACGGCACCCCUGCCACCACUUCUCAGAUGGCCAAGGACGUUGUGGAGUUCCUUAACUGGGCCGCUGAGCCCGAGAUGGACGAGCGUAAGAAGAUGGGUGUCAAAGCCCUCACUCUUCUCACUGGUCUGUUCGCCGUCAGCGUGUGGGUUAAGCGUUACAAGUGGUCCCCCAUCAAGACACGGAAGAUUGUGUACAGCCCCCCAGUCUCCCGCCGUUAA